AUGGCGCAAUUCCAUUGCAGCUUAUCUUUGGAUAUAUAUUUAUAUAUUUGGUUCUUUCCGCGUUCAUUUUUUUCCAUCGUUUUGCAACUGGCGUCCAUUGCUGUCGUUAUUUUGCAUAUUUUCAAGAUGGACAAGACGUCCAAACGGAAGUUUCUGGAGCGGGAAAUUUUCACCUAUUCCGUAGAGGACAUAGAGGACUUGUUCUCGAUCUCCAAGGCCAAGCCCUACUACGAGCAGCUCGACAAGGAUAUCUCCAACAAGCUCUUCAACACCAUGGCAAAAAAACAGAAGUUGGCCCAGUCCUCCGAAUCAGUCACAAAUUCCAACUCCAACUCAACGAGCUUGUUUUCCAAGGUGUCUGGCCAGACAAAAUCGGAGGUGCGCGAAAAGCCGGAAAAGAUAGCCGUCCAGAUCAAAAGGCCUCUGCCGAGAUAUACGGGCACGAUACGGCAGAAAGCCAAGCGAGGAGUGGGAACUCCCACGAGCAAAUAUUUGGAUGACUUUGAGCUAUUUUACAAGGGAAAUUACUUUGAGGAGUUCAAAGAUCUUCCAAGCCAAUUGGCCAUAGAUUGGUGA